AUGGAUACAUGGAGACGUCACUGCUACUGGGGGCCAAGCGGAUGUAAGGAAGAGCUUCCAGAUGGGCAGCCGGAAUGGUAUUGGUCUCUACUGGAAUUUGGAGUGAAAUUAAAACGCCAUGCCCCCUACUUUGGUCUAACGAUUAUUAUGCCUACGAUUAUCACCUGUUUGCUGACGCUAUGCUCAUUCUGGAUCGACACUCCAGCAAUGGCGAUUGCUCUUGUGAUAUUCAACGUCCUGCUCCAGGGGCUAUUUGGCUGGGACCUCAUUCGAGAGCUUCCUCCUGGUAGCGGAAGUGUACCAAAGAUAGUUUCUUUGUACGGCUUCAACCUUUCAAUGACAACAGUAGCAUUCAUGAUUAAUGUGCUGGCGCAGUUCUUCGAGUCCGUAUUGCCGAGCGAUCUGGAGCUUCCCGAAAAGGUAGCAGCUGCUACGACAUUUCAUAUCCCUACUUAA